AAGCUAUCUAUAUCAAGAAUUCAACAUUAAGAGCUCAAAGUCUCUGUCUUGAAUUAAGGUAGGAUCAAUUUCACUCCUUGCAUCACAUUCUUUAACGAUUAUCUGAAAAAUACGUAAAAUAUAUAACUAAAUAAAUAUAAAUAAAUUCGCUCCAAUAAAUUUUCUUUUUAUUAGAUUACCUCUCAUAAUUUAUGUGAUUUUAAAAGUUUCCUUCCAUAAUUUUUUUUAAUAUUGUAGACUUAAAGGUUAAAUAUUUCAUCUGUCUCAAUUUAUAUGUCAUUUUUUUAAUUUUUGAGAGCCGAAUAAUUUAAAUUUGACCAUAAAUUUAGAUACGAAAUUUUUAAUUUUUUGAUAUAAAAUUUAUUUAUUUAAAAACUACCUAAAAGUGCUAUAAGUUAAAAUUAUUGUUAAUUCAAAAUAUUUAAAUUUAUAUAUAAAUUUGUUUGAAUUUGAAAGAAAAAAAAAAUUAGGCUUCUAGAUCCUUCUAAACAAUUCCAGUAUUUAGACCCCUCUAGAACCACUCUCUUCUUCCUAUUUAUCCACUGGUCCAUCACGUACUCGUCACGUGUUCACAUUGCCGCCGUAUUCCUCCGCAUUGCCGCCGUACUCAGUCGCAUCGCCGCCGUAGAAUGGCCCGUUUAGGAGAAGGAGACAAACGCUGGAUCGUCGAAGACCGACCCGACGGCACUAACGUUCACAAUUGGCACUGGGCAGAAACCGAUUGUAUCGAAUGGUCUCGCAGUUUUCUCACUAAUCUUUUAGCCGAUAAAAUAGUCAUUGAUGGAGAAGGUAACAUCAAAAUCCGUACGAAGAAGCUCGAAAAACUUGAAGGUGAAGCGUAUGUGAAUAUUCGAAAAGGGAAGAUUAUUCCGGGAUAUGAGCUGAAUUUGGUACUCUCUUGGGAAGGUGAAGUGAAAGGAGACGAAGACGGUACUAGCGUGAUGAAAGUUGAAGGGAAUGUUGAAUUUCCUUAUAUUGCUGAUGAGAAUGCUGAUGAAGAUCCGGAAGUUAAGGUUACCGUAAAGGAUGAAGGACCUAUUGGGAAGAGAUUGAAGGAUGCUUUUGUUGCAAAAGGAAAGCCAUUUGUUUUGGAGCAAGUGAAAUCAUAUGUUAAUGCUAUGGCGAAAGGUGGACCUGCGAAAGAAGAAGGUGAGGUGAAAAAAGUAGUUAAGAAACCUUCCGGCACCGGAAAUGUUGCCGUUGCAGCUCCAGUAACGACGGCGGUUGUGGAUGAGAAGGCGAAGGUUGUGGAGAAAAAGGAGAAGAAGAAGGAAGGGUUUAAGACGAUUACGAUGACGGAGAAGUUUAGUUGUAGGGCAAAGGAUUUGUUUGAAAUAUUGAUGGAUGAGAAUAGGUGGAAGGGUUUUACUCAGAGUAAUGCAAGGAUAAGUAAAGAAGUGGGAGGAGAGUUUACUAUAUUUGAUGGUUCAGUUACUGGAACUAAUGUGGAGUUGCAAGAAGGAAAAUUGAUUGUGCAAAAAUGGCGAUUUGGUAGCUGGCCUGAUGGUUUACAGUCCACGGUCCGGAUUGUUUUUGAGGAGCCUCAAUCUGGAGUUACAGUUGUCAAGCUGACACAUACAGAUGUACCAGAGGAAGACAGAUAUGGAAAUGCUACUGUUGUGGAGAACACAGAGAGAGGAUGGCGGGACCUUAUCUUCCACAGAAUCCGAGCAGUUUUUGGUUUCGGAAUCUGAAUUAUCCUUGUGAAAUUUUACUAUUGAUGCUUCUCUUUAAGUUAUAAACUACAUACUGUAUGAGUCCAUUCGACUUGGCUCUUACUGGGUUGACUGUCAGUUUUUUCGCGCUUAAUUAACUGAAUUUGUCUCCAAUUGAACUUGUUCAGUUCGACUUGAAUGAAACUUAAUUCUUGUUUGUUUGGAUCAAGUAAAACCUUUUUCGCCUCA